AUGAAUCAAGAGAAUGACAAGUUACCUUGGCAAAUUCGAUUAGAAGAAAAGCAGAGAAGACAUUUAGCGCGUUUGACUAAUAAUAUUAAUAAUCAUAGUCCUUCAAUAAUUCACAAGUCUGAUACAAUUGAUACAACUGAGGACAGUGAUAUGAAACGCUUGGCUCUUAUAUCUCAAGUUCAGGACCUUUUCCCUGAUCUGGGUGAAGGAUUCAUAGAAGAAUGUUUAAUAACUUUUGAUGAUAAUGUAGAGAUAGUUAUUAAUCGAUUAUUGGAGAAUUCUUUACCAGCUCAUUUAAAUGAAUUAAAUCGUUCAAUGGCUCGUCGUGCUGUAUCAAUGGUUAAUGAUAGUGUGAGCGGUCCUAAAGAAGAAAGCCUCUUAGCUCAACGUCGAAAUAUUUUUGACAACGAUGAAUUUGACGUAUUUUCUGGUAAAAAUAUAGACUUCAAACGUGUCAAUAAAGGAAAGAAGAAUCGUGGUACAGCAGAUGCAUUGUUAGAUGACAAUGGUCUUAAAAUGGGAGGCAUUGAUCUCCAUAUGGUCGAUGAGACCGAUGAUGAGAUAGAAAUUAAUAAUAGAACGCAUGGAAAGAUCGAUCCUAGUAUUACGCAUGAGAGCGAACUUAUUAAGGUAUUCCAAUCAGACCAGUCCGUCUUUGAGAGAACUAGCGCUGUAAGGAGAUCAGAUAAACGUGCUAGACUGAAGCAUAUUACAGGAAUGGCUGAUGAACAACUCGAGGGAUGGUACAUCAUGUUUCAAAGAAACGAAAGAUAA